AUGAGCUGCCGCCUGCAGAGCUCCUCUAUCGGCUAUGGUGGUGGCUUUGGGGGUGGCUCUUGCCAGCUGGGAGGAGGCCGCAGUGUCUCCACCUGUUCAACCCGGUUUGCCUCUGGGGUAUCAUCUGGGGGUUAUGGGGGUGGCAUAAACUGUGGCUUUGGUGGAGGGGCUGGUAGUGGCUUUGCAGGUGGCUUCGGAGGUGGCUUUGGUGGGGGUUUUGGAGGUUGCUUUGGUGACUUUGGUGGUGAUGAUGGCGGCCUCCUCUCUGGCAACGAGAAGAUCACCAUGCAAAACCUCAACGACCGCCUGGCCGCCUACCUGGAAAAGGUGCGUGCCCUGGAGGCGGCCAACGCUGACCUGGAGGUGAAGAUCCGUGACUGGUACCAGAAGCAGAGCCCAGCCAUCCCGGAGCGGGACUACAGCUCCUACUACAAGACUAUUGAAGAGCUCCGGGACCAGAUCACAGCUGCUGCCAUCGAUAACAACCGGGUCAUUCUGGAUAUAGACAACGCCAGGCUGGCUGCCGACGACUUCAGGCUCAAGUAUGAGAACGAGCUGGCCCUGCGCCAGGGCGUGGAGGCUGACAUCAACGGGCUGCGCCGGGUGCUGGAUGAGCUGACCCUGGCCAAGACCGAUCUGGAGAUGCAGAUUGAGAGCCUGAAUGAAGAGAUGGCUUUCAUGAAGAAGAACCAUGAGGAGGAGAUGAAGGAAUUCAGCAACCAAGUGGCAGGCCAGGUCAAAGUGGAGAUGGACGCCACCCCUGGUGUGGACCUGACCCGCGUGCUGGCGGAGAUGAGGGAGCAGUACGAGGCCAUGGCAGAGAAGAACCGCCGGGAUGUUGAGGAAUGGUACAACAUCAAGAGUGCAGAACUGAACAAGGAGGUGACUUCCAGCACUGCCAUAAUUCAGAGCAGCAAGACGGAGAUCACAGAGCUCAGGCGUACCAUCCAGAGCCUGGAGAUCGAGCUGCAGUCCCAGCUUAGCAUGAAAGCUGGGCUGGAGAGCACAGUGGCAGAGACAGAGUGCCGCUACGCCAUGCAGCUGCAGCAGAUCCAGGGGCUGGUCAGCAGCAUCGAGGCCCAGCUGAGCGAGCUGCGCAGUGAGAUGGAGUGCCAGGACCAGGAGUACAAGAUGCUGCUGGACAUCAAGACACGGCUGGAGAAGGAGAUCGCCACCUACCGCAGCCUGCUCGAGGGCCAGGACGCCAGGAUCCCCGGCUUCCCCUCUGUAGGAGGAAACAUCAGGGGCACCGCUUCUACUGCCACCACUUCUAACGCUUCUGGGUCCGCUACCAUCACUUCUACUGCCACCACUUCGAAUGCCUCUGCUUCCAAACCUGCCUCUGGUCUCCGCACUUCGGAAGCCUACAGGUUUUAAGUCUGGC